AGAGCAGUGUGCAGGCAUCUGCACGGACAGCCCUGCCUGCGCUAUAUUGUGGGGUCCUAGCAGCCUGGCCGCUUUGGCUGCGAAGAGGAGAGAGCAGCAAUGGCGGAUUUCGAGACCUUCGACGAUCGGGCCUAUAGCAGCUUCGGAGGCGGCAGAGGGCCCCGACGAGGCGAUUCUGGUCCCGGUCCACGUAAACAAAAAGAUCUUCCCACAGACCCACCAUUCACUGCAUAUGUGGGCAACCUUCCAUUCAAUACUGUACAAGGAGACCUAGAUAACAUCUUUAAAGAAUUGAGUAUGAGAAGCGUGCGGUUAGUACGAGACAAGGAGACAGACAAAUUUAAAGGUUUCUGCUAUGUAGAAUUUGAUGAUCUGGAGUCCCUUAAGGAAGCUUUGUCAUAUGAUGGUGCACUUUAUGGUGAGCGUUCUUUGCGAGUUGAUAUAGCAGAGGGCAGAAAACAAGACAAAGGGGGCUUCGGUUUCAGGAAAGGUGGAUCUGAUGACAGAGGAGGAGGAAACGAUAGUUACGGCUCUAGAGGAGGUUCAAGAGAUGACUUCAAUUCUGGAAACGAUAGUUACGGCUCUAGAGGAGGUUCAAGAGAUGACUUCAAUUCUGGAAACGAUAGUUACGGCUCUAGAGGAGGUUCAAGAGAUGACUUCAAUUCUGGAUUCAGAGAUGAUGACUUCUUAGGAAGGGGAGGUAGGGGAGGAAGUCGUGGUGGUCCUCCUAGUGAUCGGCGUGGACCACCACCACCAGGGGGUCCUGGACGUUUCAGAGAUGCACCACCACCACCACGUGGAGGAUCUAUGGACUUCAGAGAACCUACAGAAGAGGAAAGGGCACAGAGACCACGACUGCAACUUAAACCCAGGACAGUUGCGACCCCGCUCAAUCAAGUAGCCAAUCCUCACUCCGCUAUCUUUGGUGGAGCCAAACCCCGAGAGGAAGCUGGCGAAACAAAGGCGAAGGAAUGAGCUGAACAUUGGGAGGGAUAGAGGAGAGAGUAAUCUGAUCACUAUGGAACAUCAUCCCUGCAGUUAUCCUUCCUGCCUCCUGACAUUCACUCCUCAUCUCCCUCCUGUCUCAAACUGAACACUGAGCUUGUGAAUGCAUGUCAGCUGUUAACAAGUGGUUUUUAGUACGUUCUCCGCUUUUCUGUAUCUUGUACCUGCAUUGUGCUGUUUCCACCACUAUCCUUCUUGCUAUCUGCAGAGUGAUGCCCUGCAGGGAAAGCCUCUUCCAAAAACGGAGUUUAUUUUGGACAUGGGAGAAGAAUUGCAAUUUUUUUUUUUUUUUUUUCAUUUUUGCAAUACAUUGUUCUUUUUAGUUUAAGGGGGAUUGUGUUAAUGUUGUGUUAACACUUAGUUGCCCUUGAGUUUAGUGCUUUGCCUCACCUCUUACCUGCAUGUUUUGUUCUGUAUUGCCAAGACUCUAAGAUGGUAGUACCUGGCAUAUGUGUUUUGUGCCACGGAUUAAAGUGACAGUCAAUUGCUAACCUGUAAACUUGACUAGGUUUUUUGGCUUUAAGCCUGUUUUACAAACGCCUCCCUGUAUUUGUACAGAACACUCUAUAUACUUCUCCACAUGGCGAAGAUUUAUCUGAAAUACCUUGUUAAAUUUUUGUUUACCUUGGCGUAUAUAUAUGUCUUAUCCUAUCACAUGUCUAGUUUGCUUAAUAAUGUGCAUCACGACUGAUUAGACUUUCUUGCUGUACUGUGCAAUUGAUGUACAAUAUAGAGACAAAUUCAAGAAAAUGGAUGUGCUAAGUAGAAUUUUCUUAGUAAAGUUUUUUUUACAUUGCCUUUUUUAGCAUACACACAAUAAAAGUCUAUUUUUUGGUUUCUCUGCUUUUAAAGCUUUUCAACUGAAAAUUUGAGCCUUAAUUAUACGAUUUCUGCAAACAGAGCAUUAAUAGUGCUGAUAUGCAUUCGUAGUGGUUUUUAUUUUUUCCCCCCUUUUUUUGAUAUUUGUGCUGGCUCUGACUGGGCAGUACCAAUAUCAAAAAGUAUAAAUAAGGACAUUAAUAUUUGAGAGGUGGCAUAAAGCAUAGGAUUUAGUUUUGUUAAUAUCCAUUUUCCUUCGCUGGUACAGAUAGUUAUGGCAGAAGGAUCUUAUACCAGUAUUAUAGUAAAAGUAAAGGAGAGCAGAUAUUUUUACCUCCAGUGUCUCAGCAGAUUAAUUCCUUUCACUCUUUUCUCUACAUACAUUCUCUGCAUUAAGAACCAUUUGUCUAACACUAGCACCUAAAAUACGACAUGCUUUGUGUGGUAAUAUACAAGAAGAAACACCAUACCCUCAAAUUAAUUCUAGAUUUAUUUACAUCUGCAGUUUGUGGAAGCUUAAUGACAGAACAAACAGCUUCAUAGCUGCUCUAUACAUUUGACUUUACAGUGGGAAUUCCAAACACUCAACAUGUUCCGCUUCACGACAGAAAGUAAAUAUAUGGACAUGGUAUUUUGUGGAAGAUCUUUUAAAUAAAAGAAAACGUAAUGAA